GUACGGUACUUGCUUCUUUUGGACUCUGGUGACUCGCGAGUGCUGAAUAUUAGUGGAUGAGCUAAAUCGAAGAUUUUGAGGGUUUUAAUAGAAAAACCAAAGACGACGAGGAAGAACAAGAGAAAAUGCCGUGCUUAAACCUUUUCAUGAAUGUUAGCCUCGAUGAAAUCGACAUCUCUUCAAUCCUCUCCGAAGCUUCCAAAUCCGUUGCUAACAUCAUUGGCAAACCAGAAUCCUAUGUGAUGAUUGUGGUUAAAGGGUCAAUUCCGAUGUUAUUUGGCGGUACUGAUGAACCUACAGCUUAUGGUGAGCUAGUAUCAAUUGGGGGUUUGAACCCUGAUACAAACAAGAAAUUGAGUGCUGCAAUUGCUGCAAUUCUUGAAACAAAAUUGUCUAUUCCAAAAUCGAGGUUCUAUCUCAAAUUCCAUGACACAAAGGCACAUCAAAGUCAAGAAUUUGCACAGUGUUUACAUGCUUUACACCAGCACUAGAUACAUCGUUCUGACUUUGGAUGGAAUGGAACCACAUUCUGAAUCAUUUAUCACUUCUGGUGUGUUUUCCACUUGUCUUAAUCUUUAACUAAACAUUGCUAUUUGUAGUAGCAAGCCAUUAGGUUUAUGUGUGGUUAUUGUCCUCAUUGCACACUUCUGCAUGGAUAUUUAGGGGCAGCCUUAUCUUGUUAUUACCAAACAAUUUUAAUUAUAUGAUAUUCUGAACUCUUCAUGUGCUUGUA